AUGGAGAAUUUCGUAAAAAAAUAUUCUUAUCAUCUUGAGAAAGUUCUGAGUUUUGCCGUUUGUUAUUAUUACACGUCGCAGGCACAAAUGACGAACCAAGUUUCUCCCGUGGAGGAGCAAGAGAAGCUGUUGGAUGAAGCGCUAAAUAUCGUCAAAGUUCAGGCAUUUCAGAUGAAGAGAUGCCUGGACAAAUCGAAGCUGAUGGAUGCCCUUAAACAUGCCUCUACAAUGUUAGGAGAGUUGAGGACAUCCUUGUUGUCACCAAAAAGCUAUUAUGAGCUAUACAUGGCGAUAACCGAUGAACUGCGCCACUUGGAGCUCUAUUUAUUGGAAGAGUUCCAGAAGGGCAGGAAGGUGGCUGAUCUGUAUGAACUUGUCCAGUACGCUGGGAACAUUGUGCCUCGGUUGUAUUUAUUGAUCACAGUUGGUCUGGUUUAUAUCAAGACCAACACCAACUUGAGGAGAGAUCUUCUGAAGGACUUGGUGGAAAUGUGCCGCGGCGUUCAACAUCCACUGCGCGGAUUGUUCUUGAGGAACUAUCUCUUGCAAUGUACGAGAAACGUCCUUCCUGAUACUACAGAAGCUCAGAAUGAUAGUGAAGGAACGGUACGAGAUGCUAUCGACUUUGUCCUGAUGAACUUUGCCGAAAUGAACAAGCUUUGGGUGCGAAUGCAGCAUCAGGGACACUCCAGGGAUAAAGAACGACGGGAACGGGAGCGCUCUGAGCUUCGAAUACUAGUCGGAACCAAUCUAGUGCGCUUGUCCCAGUUGGAGUCAGUCACAGUGGAAGACUAUGGGCGUCUAGUACUGCCUGGUAUAUUGGAACAGGUCGUUAGUUGUCGGGAUGCGAUCGCUCAGGAGUACCUCAUGGAGUGUAUUAUACAGGUGUUCCCUGAUGAAUUCCAUCUGGCAAAUCUCCAACCGUUCCUCAAGUCGUGCGCCGAGCUACAACCCGGAGUCAACAUUAAAAAUAUCAUUAUCGCCCUUAUCGAGCGUCUUGCUAGUUACAGUCAGAGGAACGAGGGCAAUGUUAAUCUCAGUGUGGUAUUAGAAGACGGCAAGGAGCAAGAGGUGCAGUUGUUUGAAGUGUUCUCUGACCAAGUGGCUGCCAUUACACAGAGUCGAUCCGACAUGGCACCCGAAGACAUGCUGAGUCUGCAGUUGGCACUGUUGAAACUGGCUCAACGCUGCCAUCCGGACAAGCUCAACUAUGUCGACCGUGUUCUGGCACAUACGGACAAGAUUUGCGCCGAUAUUCAUCAUAACAGUGGUAAACCCCACUUAGAACACAACACCCCGGUCUUUAAGGAACUGAUGAAGAUUCUGAAGCUGCCUGCCGAUCACUACAAGAACAUAUUAACGCUUAUCCGUCUCCAGAACUACGCCCCGUUGAUCUCCCACUUGAACCACCAAGGCAGAGUUAUGAUAGCUGUGCAUCUGGUCAACGAUGUCUUGGAGACUGAUACGAUGAUUUCUAACCCUGAGGAUGUGGAGUCUGUGCUGUCAAUGCUCGAUGUACUCGUCAAAGAUCAACCUGAACAGCUCGCAUCGGAGUCUGACGUUGAAGACUUUAACGAGGAACAGGGUUUAUUGGCCAGACUUAUCCACCACUUCAUAUCGGACUCGGCGGACCAACAAUACUUAAUACUGAGUGCGGCGAGGAAAGCCUUGCAAAGUGGUGGUGCUAGAAGGAUACAGCACACCUUCCCUCCGAUACUGUUUCACGCAUACCAAUUGGCUUUUAUCUAUAAGGACCUUAAGGAUCAGGAUGAGAUGUGGGAGAAGAAGUGUCAAAAGAUCUUCCAGUUCUGCCAUCAAACGAUCAGCAUGCUCGUCAAGGCCGAGUUGGCUGAAUUGCCUUUACGAUUAUACCUCCAGGGGGCGCUAGCGAUCAGUGAAAUCGGCUUCGCGAACCACGAAACCAUCGCCUACGAAUACCUCUCACAGGCGUUCUCACUGUACGAAGACGAGAUAUCCGAUAGUAAAGCUCAACUGGCUGCUAUAACGCUCAUUAUUGCAACUUUCGAACAGAUAAAUUGCUUCGGUGCUGAAAACGCAGAGCCAAUGCGAACUCAAUGUGCCUUAGCCGCGAGUAAACUGCUGAAGAAACCAGACCAGAGCAGAGCAGUGGCUCUGUGUGCGCAUCUCUUCUGGAAGGGGGCUAAGGAUGGCAAGCAGUGGCCUCUAAACGAUGCGUCGCGUGCUUUGGACUGCCUGAAGAAAGGUGCCCGUGUUGCCCAGCAGUGUAUGGAUGGAGGAGUCCAGGCUCAACUCCUGGCUGAGCUGCUGGGACGGUAUGCACUGCUACGGGAGAGGGGCAACGCCAGCCUCACCACCAACCUCAUUGAUGCUGUGAUCCAAAAAAUACGAGAGGAGCUGGCCAACCUCGACCAGUCUGAGGAAGUGGAGCAAAUCACGAAGCAUUUCCACAAUACGUUGCAGCAUUUGAAGAAUCGCAUGGAGUGUCCCGAUCCGGACGGACUAGGCUACGAGGGAUUAGUACUGUCUUAA